AUGUCAUGCCCAAUUUUGCAACUUGAUUCUGAAAAAGACAUUCUUGAUCCCGAGAUAGUAUCGUGCACAAAGUUGAGUGAUGUUUACUCCGUACAGUGGUAUGUACAGGAUUAUUUGAAAAACACCGUGGUUGCGGAAUGGACCAGCCCCAAUUGCAGUUCCUGUGAAGCACAAGGAAGUAAAUGUAGAUACAAGAAUGGUACCCAAAGUGAAGUUGAAUGUUUUGUUUGCCCCACAAACGGGCUUCCAACAUCAACUAUUGUACUUAUCGCAGCAGAAGAUACACCCACAGGGGGAUUCGGUGGUUUCCUUCUUGUGCUGCUUUUGGCCAAGGCUUUGUUUCAUGUGCAUGACCAUUAUAAGAUGAAAGGAGAAGACCAAGCUCGAAUAGAGAAAUUCUUGGAGGAUUACAAGGCAAUGAAGCCUACAAGAUUCACUUACGCUGACAUUAAGAGAAUCACAAAUGGGUUUAGUGAGAGUUUGGGAGAAGGAGCUCAUGGAGCAGUGUUCAAGGGAAUGCUCUCCCGCGAUAUUCUCGUUGCUGUGAAGAUACUCAAUGACGCUGUUGGAGAUGGAAAGGAUUUCAUAAACGAAGUGGGAACAAUGGGCAAAAUUCAUCAU